AUGGCGGCCGGACGGGAGCGAGCGGCUCGCCUGCUGCGGCAGCUGCAGCUGGCAUCAUGUCGGUGCCCAAGCCAUUCCCACACUUAUUCCCAAGUCCCUGAGCAGCCUACCCCGGGCAGUACAGACUAUGCAUUUGAGAUGGCCAUCUCAAACAUCCGCUAUGGAGAAGGAGUUACUAAAGAGAUUGGCAUGGACCUGCAGAAUCUCGGUGCUAGAAGAGUUUGCCUGAUGACAGAUAAAAACCUCUGCCAGCUCCCUCCUGUAAAAGCAGUGUUGGAUUCCCUGGCAAAGCAUGGCAUAAACUUUCAGAUGUAUGACAACGUCCGGGUGGAACCGACGGACCAAAGUUUCCUGGACGCCAUUGAAUUUGCUAAAAAGGGAGAGUUCGAUGCCUACGUCGCCGUUGGAGGUGGCUCUGUGAUGGACACCUGCAAAGCUGCCAACCUGUAUGCAGCCAGCCCUGCAUCAGACUUCCUGGAUUAUGUCAAUGCUCCCAUUGGGAAGGGGAAGCCUGUCACUGUGCCCCUCAAGCCUCUCAUUGCAGUUCCUACCACAGCUGGAACUGGAAGUGAAACCACUGGUGUAGCCAUUUUUGACUUCAAACAACUCAAAGUGAAAACUGGAAUUGCUUCAAAAGCCAUUAAGCCAACAUUAGGCAUCGUGGAUCCUUUGCACACUCUGUCCAUGCCUGAGAGGGUGGUGGCCAACAGUGGCUUUGAUGUGCUUUGCCAUGCUCUGGAGUCCUACACUGCCCUGCCCUACAACCAGCGCAGCCCCUGCCCUCCAAACCCCCUCAGCCGACCAACUUACCAGGGCAGCAACCCCAUCAGCGACGUCUGGGCUCUGCAUGCUCUGCACAUUGUGGCCAAAUACUUGAAAAGAGCCAUCAAAGACCCUGAAGACCGUGAAGCAAGAGCCAGGAUGCACCUAGCAAGUGCCUUUGCUGGCAUUGGCUUUGGCAAUGCUGGUGUUCACCUCUGCCAUGGAAUGUCCUACCCAAUUUCUGGUUUGGUGAAAACCUACAAGGCAAAGGAUUACAAUGUGGAUCACUCUCUAGUGCCACAUGGCCUCUCAGUGGUGCUGACCUCCCCAGCAGUGUUUGCUUUCACAGCACAGGUCCAUCCUGAACGACACUUGGAGGCUGCUGAGAUACUGGGAGCUGACAUCCGCACUGCCAGAGUCAAAGAGGCAGGGCUGAUUUUGGCAGACACGCUGCGGAAAUUCCUGUUUGAUCUGAAUGUUGAUGAUGGCUUAGCUGCACUCGGCUACUCCACAGCAGACAUCCCUGCCUUGGUCCAAGGCACACUGCCCCAGGAGAGAGUGACUAAGCUAUCCCCACGUCCCCAAACAGAAGAAGACUUAGCUGCCCUCUUCGAGGCUUCCAUGAAGCUUUAUUAGCUUCACUAUUCUGAUCUGAAAAGCAUUCUCUGUUCUGCACCAAGGUGAUGUUGUAGAGCUAUGGGGCUGAGCUUGUUUGGAGGAUGGAAGCACUUGGGUGCCUUUGACUCAUGUCCAUUGCACGCUGCUGAAAGGUUAA